CAACACUUACACCAAAGUGGUGAAGAAACAAUAAUUCACAUUUUGAACCCAAAGCGAAAAUACCCCGGCCAAGAGCGAGAUGAGGUCAGCUGACAGAGGUCUGGGUGGGGUCUGAAAAGGGGGUUCUUUUAAAUAGGGUCUGGUGUUUUGCUAAAAAGAGCCACAGCAGUGGUUUUAAAAACUGGGAGCCAGAGGAGCGGAUGCGCUUAUUGAGCCAUUUUGGUGGAUUGGUAAAGAGUCGAUUGUGGAGAUGGAAAAGAGUUGAGCUGAAGCUGUUGAACCAGAGGCCAGACAGUGCUAGAGCAUCAGAGAAGCUGCUUAAAGCGUGUUUGGGGACCAACAGAAGCCAUCAGAGCGUUGAUUGUCAUGUUUAAAACCAGCAUAGGCUAUUUGCUGACAGUUAACACAUCAGAAACCACCCAGACUCUUUAUUACGAAAGUGAUGCCAUGGAAGACAUGUCUCGCCACAUCUACAGGCAAAAUGAAGAUCAGAUAGACGAUGAUUGCGAUGGUCUUUCUCCCCAUAAUGGAGACAAUAAUGUUGACGAAGAAGAUCCAAGAGUUGAAGAACUAACCUCGAUAAAGGCAAUUUAUCCUGAAUCAAGAAUAAAUCUCAGAAAAUUAGAAGGUUCAGUAGAAAUACCUAUAAUUCCAAUAAAUACAAUUUUUCUUAAACUAACUGAUAGCCAAAACAAAAUGGAAAUGGAGUCAACAAAGAUGAGUUAUUUUCCAUCUUUGAUUUUAAAUUUCAAACUAGUCGAUUCCUAUCCAUUUUCAGAUCCUCCAGCUUUUAAUUUGCUUUCUUGCUGGUUGCCUUCUGCGACAAUCAAUGAUCUUAAAACACAAUUAAUUAACAUAUUUCAAGAAUUAAACGAUAUAAUUAUUUUCAAUUUUAUAGAUCAUAUCAAUGAUAAAGCCUCUGAUUUUUUCAACUUAUUGUCAAUAGAAAAGGAUCACAAGAGUGAGGUUUAUUUAGUUAAUGAUCCUAAUAUCUUUCAAAAACUCAAAUCGUUUAAUGAAAAAAAAUUGAUUGAUGAAUUCAAUAAUAAAACCUUGUUUUGUGACAUUUGUCAAGAUUACUUUAAAGGCUCUGAAGGUUCAGUUAUAAAUAAAUGUUACCAUACGUUUUGUGAUAAAUGUUUAUUUAAUUUUUUUUUUAAUGAAAUUAAAAAUGGAAGUAUAAGGAAUAUUCAUUGUCCAAAUUAUGAAUGCAAUAAAACAUACGUCAAAAAUUUAAAUUCUGUUAAAAAUUUUUUAAAUACCACUAAUAAUCAAAAUGCAAAUACAAAUACAAAUGCAAAUGAAUUAAUGACAAUUAAAAAAUUCGAAGAAAACUUAUUUCAAAUUCCAAUAUCGAAAGAUUUUUUAAUAAACUUAUACAAUAAAAUUAAAGUGAAAUGCGAUUUGAAUAAAAAUUAUCAAAAAAAUAUUGAGUUGGAUAUCUCAAAUUUUAAUAUCAAUCAAAUGAUUGAAAAAUAUUUGAAGUUAUUAAAAAAUGAUCAGUUGUCAAUAUAUGCUUCAUUGUUUCCAAAUAAAAUUAUUGAAUGUCCCUUUGAAGAUUGUAAACAGAGAUUUAUUCGAAUUGACAUUGAUGAUGAUUUAGUUAUAUGUCCUCACUGCAAUUUUGCAUUUUGUGCUUUAUGCCAACAUUCAUGGCAUGGUACUACCAACUCUUGCAGAUUAAGUUUUGAAAUUGAUGAGGAUGUUAUUCAAAAUUAUCUAGCUUUAUAUCAAGAAGUUAGGGAUUUAGAAGAUGAAUUUCAGAAUUCACUGGAAUUGAAAAAACAAUACGAUAAAAAGAAGAUUGAACUAACUAAAGUGCAAUAUUUUUAUGGCAGAAAAAGAUUAAAAGAUGCCUUACAAAAAUAUAGUUCUGAAAAAAUUGCUGAGGAGUUAUUUGAAAAGGCUAUAAGAGAUAAAUCAAAUAAAAUUUCUAGAUGUCCAAGCUGUGAUUUAGUGGUUCAAAAAUUUGAAGGAUGUAAUAAAAUGAAAUGUCCUUAUUGCUCAACAUUGUUUUGUAAUUUAUGUGGUACAGAUAUUACCUUUGGAAAUCCUUAUUAUCAUUUUAAUACUGAAAAUACAUCAAGUUUAUGCAGUGGUAAAUUGUUUGAUAAAGAUGAUCAACUUGCAAAUUAAAAAUAUUAAAAGUUCUAAUCUCAUAUUUUUUUUUCUUUUUCUUUUGAUAUAUAACAUAUUUGAUUUUUUUAUAUCUUUGUUUGGGGUUUUUUCUUGUUAAUGGUAAUAUUCAUUAAAGCUUGCU